AUGGCUAAACAAACUCUUUUACUAUCCCCCCCAUCCCUCUCAUCCCAACCUGGGAAAUUAAAUGAGACCCUUCAGUCAUACAAUCGCAAUGCAACUGAUCUUCAGAUGCUUGACCGUUUGACCCUUGGUCUUGCGUCAUUGCCAGAAUCAACAUACUCUAGUAUCGUCAUCCUAGCAGGUGGAGAUAACUCCUUUGCUGAGAGUCUGAAACUUAUAAACCGCCGGACAUUCAAUCAAAUUGUUAAAUCUCUCAGAAAAGGUGGGUAUAUUUACGGUCAGGAUGCAGCGUCCGGGGGUGCGUUUGAUCACAACGAAGCGAUUCUGGCUGGGCUUAUACAUGCUGGCAAUGGCAAAUACGUGAAACCUGAUGUCGAGGAGAUGCAGGCUGUUCCAUUGCGGCUUGGGAGGAAACACAACCAUCUUGCUGGGCCACCGCUUAGUUUGGAGGAAUCAGCUGCAGAACAUCCGUUCCCACGUGGGGUUUCCGAAGGUAAAAACCCCAGUGGUGAUGAUAGAGUCACUGUUGCUGGGUCUCAGAAAAUUCAUGAGAACAUUGUUUCAGCAGCUACAAUGGAUAAUAACGAGGUUUCUGAUGAUGAACUUAUCAACGAGGACGAUCUUCUGGAUGACAGUGAGCUUUCAGCACCAAUCAUACAGCCGCCAGAAUGCCGCCCCAAAGCAGGGAAGCGCCGCCGAGCUUGUAAGGAUUGUACUUGCGGCCUCGCGCAGAAAUUAGAGGAGGAGGAUGCAGCCAAGAGAGCUGAUGCUGACGAGCAACUUGACGCAAUGAAGUUGUUACAUGGUGAUCUGGCUGAGGUAGACUUCACUGUGCAGGGAAAGGUCGGGAGCUGUGGAAAUUGCUCCCUAGGUGAUGCUUUUCGCUGUGAG